CCAUCCUCUAUUGUAGCCCCAUCAGCUUCCUUUUACUCUCUCCGUCCCCAAAACCCCUUCUAUCUAGGGUUAGGGUUUCUUCGCUGACACUGUUAGGGUUUUCAGUCUACAUCUUCAUUUCAUUAGGGUUUUGAGGAUCUGAGCUGCUGGAGAUUUGUAUAGAUUCUUUGAUUUUGUUUUUGUCUUUUCAAAUCUUUGGUUCGUUGUAGAUCUAGAUCUGCGAAGAGACGUUUAUACAUAGAAACGAAUUAAUGGAUACUAGGAAGAGAGGUAGGAAUGAAGGUGGAUUCAACGUUAAUGGCGGCUUCAAGAGAUCUAAGCAAGAAAUGGAGUUCUUAUCAACUGGUGUAGGAAGCAAAUCGAAGCCAUGCACCAAAUUUUUCAGCACCGUGGGUUGUCCAUUUGGCGAGAGCUGCUUCUUCCUGCACUAUGUUCCUGGAGGCUAUAAUGCUGUUGCCCAGAUGAUGAAUUUAGGGUCCACAACACCUGCUGCACCUAGAAAUAUGGCAGCAACACCACCCAUGUCAAAUGGUUCAUCAUCGAAUCUGAGUGUUAAAAGUCGCAUGUGCAACAAGUACAAUACUGCUGAAGGCUGCAAGUUUGGGGACAAGUGCCACUUUGCACAUGGUGAAUGGGAACUUGGCAAGCCUGUUGCACCUUCUCAUGACGAGCCUCAUGUGAGACACAAUCCUGGUCGCAUGGGUGGUAGGUUGGAACCCCCACCCUCUGGCGCUGCUGCUAGCUUCGGCACUUUAUCCACCGCAAAAAUCAGCAUAGAUGCCUCAGUUGCUGGAGCCAUCAUUGGUAAAGGUGGUGUUAAUUCAAAACAGAUAUGUCGCCAAACAGGGGCUAAACUUUCUAUCCGCGAGGAUGAGUCGGAUCCUAAUAAGAGGAACAUUGUACUUGAGGGGUCGUUUGCUCAGAUACAGGAAGCUGGUGCGAUGGCGAGUGAGCUAAUCAUGAACCUUGGUCCACAGGCUGGCCAUGCUAAAGGUGGUGGAGGACCUGGGGCCCCAGCAGCUCAUCGAGGAAGCAACUACAAGAAGAAGAUUUGUGAUAAUUUUACCAAAGGAUCUUGCACCUUUGGGGAUAGAUGUCACUUUGCACAUGGUGCUGCUGAGUUGCGGAAGGUAGUUAUCUGAUUUUUUUUCAAUUGAUAGGGGUAGUAUUUUGUGCAAGGUAAGUGAGAUCUCUGUUUCUAAUGUUGGCUGUGUAAUGCAACUUUAGUAUAAUUGACAGAUUAUUUCAGUAUUUUUUGCUUCUGAUUUCUCUUUUGAAAUCAUCUUACUAGUUCCUUGUUACA